AUGUCGGCGAUUGGCUCUCUCAUAUUUUGCACCGAUUGUGGUAAUCUGCUGCGUGAAUCUACGGGCGAUGAGAAUGCGAUCUUGCACUGCACCGUCUGUGGAGCGCGGAACAAGGACAUUAUACCACAAACCAUCGUUUCCGAGUCAAAACCUUCCGCAUUUCCGUCGGCUUUGAGAUCGAAGCGCUCUGCCGUUCAGACAUUAUCCGCCGAAGACCGCAAAACGGAGGCGGUCACAAACCAUACCUGCAACCAGUGUGGGAGGACAGAGAUGUUCUUCACUACUGUGCAGCUUCGUAGUGCUGACGAAGGAAGUACCGUCUUCUAUCGCUGCGUUUGCGGCUAUAAGGAAACAUCGAACAAUUAA